ACAACACAUCAUUUUUUCUUUCUUCAUUAGCUACAUCUUUUGUUCCUUAGUUUACUCAACCAAAUCUCUCUCUCUCUCUCCCUUUGAGUCUCAAAACUUCAAUGGCUCACCAGGAGGAAGGAUGGCCAUUGGGUCUGAGGCCAGUAAAUGCAAGAAUCGGAGGACUCACAAGAGGAGCUCAUCAUCAUGAACAAGUCUCGGCUGGUUCAAUCUCCUUCACCUCUCUCUUGUCUCCUUCUCCCUCAUCUCACUCUUCCUCCGAUCUUGAUUCUCAGUCGAUGGAAUCAUUUUUCCGCGAUAGGAGCUACACCCUAGGAAAUCUAAUCGGGAUAUCAAGCUUUCUUGAACUUUCAAGAAGAUCAAACCGAACAAGGAAUGAUCAAAGUACUGCUAGAAACCAUCAACACCAGAAGAAUCUCAAAACUUACUACAAGCCAUGGAUUUUCUCUAUAUGUUCAAAGCUAAGCACAAAUGCCACUGUCAUUUCCCACAACAGGAUUAUAAACGAAGACAAUGAUGGUCGUAACAAUGUGCAGUCUCUUGGACACUUCCUCAUGGUGGAGAGACGAGCCGUCGGAUCAACCAUACGGUCCACACCGACUAUGUGAAUGUCCGAAAGUUAAUAGCCAAUUGUGCCUUAAAAGUUAAAAAAGAUAAUGCGAUGUGUAAUAUGAUUUCCUAAUGGUCUGACGCAACAGAUUCUGAUUGUACUAUUAUUUUGUAAUUGAGUUUCAAAUGUUCAAAAACAUUUUUCUUUGCAUGAUGAGUUGCAUCAAUAUAUCAUUAUUGGGCA